AUGUCUGCAGAAGAAGACACAGGGAGUGGACAAGUCACAAGCUUGUGUGACUGGAUGUCGCAACUACCGGGUGAACUUCAUAACAUUCCUCUCCGGAGUCUGGCCAUACCAGGAAGCCACGACUCAAUGAGCUAUGAUUUGGACAUCAACUCCUCUAUCAUAGAGCCUGUUAACCUGAAAGGUUUGAGCAAGAUCUAUUUGGCACGUCGAAUUGUGCACAGGUGGGCAGUCACUCAGGAGGAGUCCAUCACAAAGCAACUGGAUGCAGGAGUUCGCUACUUUGACCUGAGGAUCGCUCGCAAGUCAAACGACACUGACCCGACGAGGCUUUACUUUUAUCAUGGGCUGCGUACGCGGACCGAUGUGGAGACUGUUCUUGAGAUGAUUCAUGACUGGUCAGUGGAACACCCCAAAGAGAUCCUCAUCCUGGCCUUAUCCCACUUUAAAGGGUUCAAAAAACACAAGGUAGAGCAGCUCCACAUCCACCUCAUCAGUUUCAUCAAGACCUUGUUUGGAACCAAACUUCUCCAUAGAGUGGUAAGAAAUCCAGAAUUUUGGAACAUUCCUACACUGAAGAGCUGCUGGGACUCAGGCAGAAACGUCAUAGUUUCAUAUGAUUAUUCUGCAAACCAGCACCCUGAGAUGUGGGGCAGGAUACCUUAUUACUAUGGUGAUAGUAUGGACCCUGCAGAAGUGGAAUCAAAACUCUGCCAGGGUUUGGUUCAAGGAAGGUGUUCUCAGGGUUUCUAUGUAUGUGGCUUGAACCUGACCCUGCCAGAAGAUGCCAGGAUUCUCAGGUACAUCUUCCGUCCCCGUGACAGCUUAACGAAGGUGUUAAAGAGGAGUCUGCCCAAGCUGCUGCAGUGGGUGAAACGGCAAACCAGCGAGAGACCCAACAUUGUCGCCUCGGAUUUGGUGACUCGAGACAACUUUGUCUCAACGGUUGUCCAGCUCAAUAUAUCAAAGUUGGAGAUAACCUAG